UCAAUCAACCACUGUCACAAUGAAGAAAAAACCAGUUCGAAAAUCGAAUCCCAUUUUGAAGUUAGCAAGAGGCCUUCGUGUUUCCGACUGCGAGAUUCAAAUACGACCCAGUGACAAAGAAUGUUCCCCAGCUCCUAGAUAUAGUUCAACUAGUAAAUUCUUCACAGUCACCCUAGAAUUUGGGGGUAAAUUUGAUAUUGGGAAAAAAUAUUCUGCAUAUCUAGGUGGGAGUACAAUAAUGUUUGACUAUGUGGAUUAUGAAAUGGUCACACUUGCUGACUUUAAGUCUGUGGCAGAAUUUAAAGGGUGCAAAAAUCCUAUGAGACUGCACACAUAUGUUGGUUGUGGGAGUUUCAUGUUACUUUCAACUGAGACUGAUCUUGAGAGUGUGUGGCAAAGACAAAUUAACAAGGUUAGGGAGGUUAGUUUGUUUGUUGAAGAGCUAAGUGAAAAUACAGAAAUUGUUAAUGCACCUGAAAUUGAAAAUAAGGUUGGUGAAGAUGAUAGUGAUGAAACUUUUGAGUGGGAGAAUGAUAGUGAAGUUGACAAGUUGGAUGACAUCUUGUUUGAUGAAAAUGUGGAUGAAGUUGAGGUUGAGGUUGGGGUUGAGGCAGAGGAGUGUGAGGUUGAGGGUGAGGGUGAGAAGGGUGAGGGUGAGAAGGGUGAGGGUGAGAAUGGUGAGGGUGAGGGUGAGGGUGAGACUGAGCUUGGGGUUGAGAAGGGUGAGCUUGGGGUUGAGAUUGAGGCUGAGAAGGUUGAUGAGGGUGAGGAGAGUGAUGAAGAUUUAAAUCAGGUCGUGGAUGAGGUUGCUGAGUUUAUGGCUAAGAAUGGUGGGUUUGAUGCUGAUGGUGGUGUUGGUGGGGAGAGUGAGGAGAGUGAGGAUAGUGAGGAGAGUGAUGAUGAUAUUUUGGAUUGGGAGUAUGAUAUGGAAGCUGACAAGGUAGAUGACAAGAUGUUUGAUGAUAAUGUGGAUUUUGAUGCUGAAUGGUUGCAUGGUCAGGGGAAGGUGUUAAGAAAUGUGCAAAUGAUGCUGCAUGCAACUAAGAUCAAUGGAGAGGAGGCCUGGCAAGUGAUAAAGUACACUCACUCUCAUACUUGUGCUGCCACAGCAAAGGUUAAAAAUAUUACAUCAAGAUGGCUUGCUGGUAGAUAUGCUCAUGAGCUGCAAAGUGAUCCUGAUAGAAAGAUUAAGGGUUUUAGGGACAGUAAAGCUAGAAGGAUGACAGACAAAGCUCCUGCAAUAGGAGUUUCAACUCAAGAAAGUGUUGUAACUGGUGAAGGCCAAGCCCACAAGAAAAGAAAGGAAGGGAAAAAACAAACCACAGUCCCAAAAUUCAUUCAAGCACCUUCAAUGUACAAUCAAUAUACUUCUGCUCAGUUGGGUCCAACUUCUGGGGUGAACAUUAGAGGGCCUCCUACAUUUCAGGUGGGUCAAUUUAUACCAAGUCAAGAAAGUUGCCUUUCAGAGAGGGACACUAGGCUCAAACAAAUAUUUCAAGAAGGAGGACAGAAGUACAUAUCUGUGUCUGAGCUUAUAUCUGGCAUGAACAAUCCAAAGAAGAGUGAUGAUGGCAGAGGAAAACAGAAAUUGCUGUGA